AUGCAACCCUGCGGUUCCAUCUUCCCUCUCGAGCAACCCUGCCAACGAACCUCCAUCUCCGCCCAGAUUGAGAAGCUGAUGCACGACGCGGUGGAGGAAGGCUGCAGGGUGAUCCGAGGGAGGAGGAGGCACGAGAAGGGCGGGCUCUUCUACCAGCCCACCCUCGUGGAGGUGCAGUCCACAGACUCCAUCCUCUUCCGGGAGGAGAUCUUCGGUCCGGUCGCCGCCUUCUACAAGUUCGCCACGGAAGAGGAAGCUCUCCGUAUUGCCAACUCAUCCGAUAAAGGACUCACAGGUUACGUGUACACCCGAGACCUGGCCCAGAUCUGGCGAGUGAGCCGCGGGCUCGAGGUGGGGAUGGUCGGCGUGAACGAGCCCAUCGUGUCCCGCUGCGAGACGGCCUUCGGCGGCGUGAAGGAGUCGGGAUUCGGCGUGGAGGGAUCCCGGCACGGCCUCCAGGAGUACACGUACCUCAAGCUUCUGUGUCUCGGUCAUAUGGCUUGACCGACUGGAUGCAUUCCCCAACUUGGUCGAAUUUUUUUUAGAGCUGUUUUCUUCUGGUCGAUGAUACGAAUAUUUAUUAUACGUAAGGAUUAAUUGAUACAUAAUAAUUAUCUGAA